CAACAACAACAACUGAGCGUCUACAAAUUUCUUCAUUAAAAGUGUGGCAGAAGUUUUGGCAACAACAACGACAUUAAGAUACCUGUAUCAUUUGCUCUGAAUGGCUAAACAAUUGUGCGGGUAAUUCCAUCCGUGCAGCUCCGUGCUCUGUGCUCCGUGGAGUCGAGCAUGCGCUGGCCUCCACCAGUUGCCGGCAGACGCAUCUUCUUCUUCUUCGAUUCGCUUGUCAUUGGAAAGUUGCCGCAGCCGCUUUGCUGCGUGACACACAUUUCACGCAUUAGACAACCCCCAGAAGACAGAAGACAGAAGACAGAUAGAACCACAGCCCGCUAUUCCAACUCCAAGUUGCAUUAUUCAUGCGCAGAGAAGAAGAAACAGCAACAACAACAACAACAACAACAUUAACAGCGACUACAACAACCAAAAGAAGUGCUGCAAGUGAGGCAAAGAUGACGCUUCGCUUAGUCAGCAUAUUAUCGCUGGCAUUAUUUUUAGUAUUGCCCGCACAGUUGGAUGCAUUUAUCACGCAGAAUACAGGCUGCCAUCACAAUGGCACAUGGUAUGCGGACAAAUCGGUGGUGCCCAGCAUGGAGAAGUGCCUCAACUGUCAGUGCAAUCGCAAGACACUCGUGUGUCGUCUAAAAGUGUGCCCAGAGAUGCCGAUGCCACCGCCACGCGGUUGUGUGGUCGUCCAAAAGAAGAAUACCUGUUGCCCGUAUUUGUCGUGUGCUCGUCUCGAUGCCUUCUACAAGAUUCCCACCAAGCGACGCAUCAUCGCCUACUUGGAUCACUAUGAACGCGAGUCCAUCGAUCGUGUGGUCAACGAUAAUAUGCUGCAAAGGCGCUCUGAUGACUCGGACGUGGAUCUAUUCGUUUGUGUGAAGAAUGGCACGGUGUACAAGUCGGGAUCUGCGAUGUCCUCAUCGAAUCUGUGCAGCUAUUGUUAUUGCAUUGGUGGCACCGAGAAGUGCGUCAAACCCAAGUGCAUGCUGCCAGUGGAGGGCUGCAAGCCCAUCUUCGUGGACUCCACCUGCUGCCCGGUUCGUUACGACUGCAGCAGCAAGACAUCGGGCAAAUCCUCGCAAGAAGUGCGCUAUCGCAAGACCUCGAACAAACACUUCCAACGCAUGUCGCAAAGACUUCAACGCAAUCGCGGCUGCACCGUCAACAGUCAGUUCUAUGCGGAGGGACAGAAGAUGCGUUCGGAUACGGACAAACCCUGCGACAUUUGCUUCUGCAUACGCGGAACACGUCGCUGUGCUCCAAAGAAAUGCUCCCCAGCGUUGAAGAACUGCAUCCCGGUGGUGCCCAAAGGGCAGUGUUGUCCCUCGAGCUACGAUUGCGGCAGUCAGCGGGAUUAUCGCCGAUCGCAGAGUUCGCGACAAUUCAAUCUUUACAAUCUGCUGUUCGGCAAGGAGGAACAAGAGGCUGAGGCAGCAGCAGCUGCGGCGAUGAUGCCUCAGAAUUCUAUGAUGGCCGAGCAUUAUCCACACGAUCGUCACCCGACGCUGCCGACGGUGGGAGAUGCCAUGGAGGCGAGCAGCGAGAAAAGUAUUAUGGACACGCUGCGUGAGGGACUUGAGUUCAUCGAUGGCAACAACAAUCAGAUGCUCGCCAGCAACAUGGAUUUGGUAACGGCAGCAACACCUGCACCCAUAAUCCAAGACGGAAGCACCACAGAACUGAGUUUGCUGGAUUUGCUAUUGGGUCCCAGCACACAACAAAGUGAAGUCAAGGUGACGCAGGAGUCGUUGACGACAACGAAGAAACCUUUGUCCUGGGUGGAUUUAUUGCUAGGUCCCGAUGAAGAAGAUGUUGCUGCUGUCACAGAGUCGAGUAUAGAAUCAAACACAGCGCUGGCUCAAUUGGAGACGCAACCGAGUGUGGCAAGCAGCACUUUAAGUAGCAUUAAACGCAUUGCCGAUGACUUUGACGAUCAACUGGGCAGCGAUGAGAUUGCUGUGGGUGAAUUACCCGCCGAAGCACAACAAAUAUUGCUCAGCAAUUCGCAGUCAAAGGAAGAAGAAAUCGAAACAACAGCAAAGCCAGCGAAUGAUUUGUUCAAUGCGUUCUUGAAUGGACUCUCCGAUAUGCUGGACGGUAAUGCAACGAGCAGCUCAACAACAACAACUCCAACGACAACAACGACGACCACAAGGCGACCCACAGUCAAAGUGCAACAUGCAGCUCCAAUGUUUCGUCCACUACCGAGUAAUAAACCGCAGCACAGUCGCAUCAACUCGAAGCUGGCAAAUCUGACGGUGACGCCGCCAAUGGUUGUGGUCACCAGCAAGUAUGGACAGCCCGUGACCUACAGAACAAUGCCCAGCAGCAGCAGCAGCAGCAGUACAACAACAACCACUACAACAACGACAACCACAACGACAGCCAGACCCACAACAACAACAACAACCACUCAGAAACCAAGCACCACAACAACAACAACAAUUCGAACUACAAACAAACCGAAACCAAAGCCGAAGACAACGCGACGCACCACAGCAGCAACAACAACUACAACAACAACAAGUAGCACGACCACAACAACAACCACACCGCGACCCACCAUCACAACAACAACAACUACAGCGCGACCCACGACAACCACUACAACCACUAAACGAAGCACUUUGAGACCCAAGCAAAGCACCGCGCGACCUUUGAUCAUCAAAACGAAUCCCAGCAUUUUGGAAGCCGAGCCUUUGGAUGUCAGCGAUGACAGCACGGCGCCCACUUUGCCACCCAGUUUGCCUAAUCUCAAGAUCAUUCCCUUCCUGCCCACAGAUGCUGUGAAUAGCCAAGCAACCAAGCUGCAAUCGCAAAGCAGCUACAACAAUGUCAACACCAACAACAACUACUAUCAGCAACAGCCAAUGGCUGCUGAUAAAAUGGAUAUUGAUUACGAUCCAGCUUACGAUGAGACUGCCGCACUUUAUCCUUCAAUAACCUCAGCUUAUCCACAACAACAGCAACAGUCGCAAGUCAGCAGCAGCAACAACAACGAUCAGGCUGCCUACAAAUACAAGUUCAAUGUCGAGGUGCCCGCUGUUGAGGCGCCACCAGAGCCGGUUGUGCAUCUCGGUGGACAAUACGAAGGCAGUGCAGCGUAUGUUAACUACGACUUUGAGCAGCAAGUUGUGCCACCAGCGCACAGCGGCUUCUCGCCACCCACAGAGACUGAGGGCGGUUUUAUGCCCAAGGAUCCACUGGUCAUCGAUGGCGAGGUGUUGCACGAUCACGUCACAUCCAAUGUGAUACUUUCGAUAGGCAACAACUAUCAAGUCACACAACACAUCAUCGAUAUAACAACUGCGGCGAGUGAAAACGACACGAUUCCAAUAGAAAUCACAACACCCGAUCCCUUUAAAGAUGUCAUCCACACCGAGAGGUCGCCCAAUCUGGACGCACUCAUUGUGGACAAGCAGCCAGCACAACAGCAACAGUUGCAGCAACUACAGCAACAGCAACAGGAACAACAGUUGCAGCAACAGCAGCUGCAACACAUCGAGAGCGUAAGCUAUAGCAUAAGCAGCGCUUCCGGUGGCAACAAAGCAACAACACAAACACCCGCCACAACAACAACUACCACUACAACAACAACUCCAUCAACAACAACAACAGCAGCAGCAGCAGCACUGCCAUCGAUAAUAGACAAAAACGAAAUCAAUAAACUGGACCAGUUGCUGGACGAGUUGCUGGGCAGCGUCAGUCAGAGCACGGUGCCGCCCUUUAGGACAUUGCCACCCAGCAUAGCAGUAAAAAACUACCGCUACAACAACAACAACAUCGAGACCGGCAACAACAAGUGCGAGGCCAGCAACAACGACAACAACACGUGUCUAUAAGAAGGGCAACAAAACGAAGAGCAAACCGGCAGCCGGCAACAGACGCAACAAUCCAACAGCAAUUACAAGUAAACCCAGCAGAUCCAAAGUUCAACAGGCCACGCGUCGAACUCCCGCCAGCAGCAGCAGCAGCAGC